AUGCUCUUCUCCACUCUGGCUCUGAGUGCCAUAUGGGCCAUUGGUACGUUGGCAUCUUCGCCACAGGACUAUCACCGGCCGACUUCCAAAGGUUUCCGUAUGCAACAUGGCUUUGAGACUAUCCUAGUCCAGCCCUUUGGGUAUGACGGCUUUCGUGUGCGAGCAUGGCCUUUCCGUCCGCCAACCGGCCACGAAAUCGGAUUCGUGUAUGAUCCUCCGCUUGAAGGCCCAGAGGAUGGCCAGGCUCAUGGCAUGACUUUCGAUACUGCGUUCACCGGCAAUCAAUCGGAAGAACUACGCAACGGUAACAUGAUAGUCCGCACUUCUGGCUGGGGUGGUAGUCCGGGAGGCUAUCGUCUGGCCUUUUACCGUGUGGAGAGCAACGGCACAGAAACCCUCCUUACCAAUGAGUAUGCACCACUUAAGUCAAUCAACCCUCGGUUCUACUCAUGGACCGGCCCAGGAAGGGAGUUUGCUGCCGAGUUCUCAUUCAGCACGACGCCUGAUGAACAAAUCUACGGAACUGGCACCCAGCAGGAUCAUCAAGUCAAUAAGAAGGGAUCAACAAUUGAUCUCAUCAACUUCAACACUCACAUUCCCACCCCUGUGUUCAUGAGCAACAAGGGCUAUGGGUUCGUCUGGAACAUGCCCUCUACUGGUCGCAUGGAAUUUUCUACCUUGAGGAAUCGUUUUACCUCCGACGCUGCUAACGUUGUCGACUAUUUUAUUGUCAGCUCAACCCCUGGAGAUUAUGACACGCUGCAACAACGCCUGUCGGCGCUCACUGGUCGUGCUCCUGUUCCCCCAAACUGGUCCCUUGGAUAUAUCCAGUCGAAGCUGCGAUAUGAAAACGAAACAGAGAUUGUCUUACUGGCCAAGGAGUUUAAAAAGCGAAACAUCCCCGUCUCCAUGAUCGUCAUUGAUUAUCAGUCGUGGGCUCACCAAGGAGAUUGGGCUCUGGAUCCUCGCCUGUGGAGUAAUGUUGCCGAGAUGGCGGCCCAGGUGAAAAACCUCACGGAUGCGGAGAUGAUGGCAUCACUCUGGCCUAGCGUCGCUGAUAAUAGUGUAAAUUAUCUUGAUAUGAUGGCCCAAGGAUAUCUCUCUGCCACACGAUCCGGGCCUGGAACAACCGACUCGUGGAAUGGGUCGUACAUCCGCAACUACGAUUCCACAAAUCCCUUGGCUCGGCAGUUUCUAUGGAACACCCUAAAGCGCAACUACUACGACAAGGGAAUCAAGAAUUUCUGGAUUGACCAGGCUGAUGGAGGAGCUCUCGGCGAGGCAUACGAAAACAACGGCCAGAGUACAUACAUCCAGUCCGUUCCCUUCACAUUACCUGAUGUCAAUUAUGCUGCCGGUACUCAACGAAGUGUCGGUAAGCUCUAUCCCUGGGCACAUCAGCAGGCGAUUGAGGAGGGAUUUCGAAACGCUACAUCAAGUGAGAUGGGCAGUGCGUGUGAUCAUGUUUCCUUAAGCCGCUCGGGCUACAUCGGCUCCCAGCGAUUCUGCAGCAUGAUCUGGUCUGGUGACACAACCGCAGUCUGGGAGACCCUCAGCGCGCAGGUUGCGAGUGGUCUUUCCGCUGCUGCAACUGGCUGGGGCUGGUGGACUGUGGAUGCAGGUGGCUUCCAAGCUGACCCGACCAUUUCCUGGUCAGCGAAUAUCGACACCCCUCAAUACCGGGAACUCUACCUCCGCUGGUUGCAGUGGACAACAUUCCUACCAUUUAUGAGAACCCAUGGAUCGCGGGCCUGUUAUGUCCAGAACGCCUACACCUGUGCCAAUGAGCCAUGGUCAUAUGGAGAGCAGAAUACACCCAUCAUUGUAUCGUACAUUCACCUUCGGUACCAGCUAGCCGCUUACAUCCAGUCGGUGUUUGCUCAGUUCCACCGCACCGGUCGCAUGAUCAUGCGCCCUCUGUAUAUGGAUUUCCAGACUUCGGAUCCACACAUUGCCGAGUUGACACAGAUGAACAGCAACGUCACUACGCAGCAGUACAUGUUCGGUCCACGACUGCUGGUGACCCCAGUCACUCUCCCGAAUGCCACAGAAUGGUCUGUCUAUCUUCCAAAGGUAGCAAGUAAUGAGACUACGCGGCCUUGGACUUACUGGUGGACAAACCAAACCUACGCUGGUGGCCAGACUGUGACCGUUCCAGCACCCGUUGAACAUAUUCCCGUCUUCCACCUCGGCUCCCGGGCCGAGAUUCUGAGUGGAAAGGUGUUUUAA